GGUUGCUCAUGCGCAAAGGUGCGGCCACGUAUUUUGGUCCAGCACGAUAAAAAUAUUGUCAAAAAAUCGUACAAAUCAUGCCUUUGAGAUUAGAUAUCAAACGGAAGUUGUCUGCACGAUCUGAUCGUGUGAAGACAGUCGAUCUCCAUCCAACAGAGCCAUGGAUGCUGGCUAGUUUAUAUAACGGAAAUGUCCAUAUAUGGAAUUUUGAAUCACAGCAACUGAUCAAAUCAUUUGAAGUAUGUGAUCUGCCAGUUAGAACAGCUAGGUUUGUGCCAAGGAAAAACUGGGUCAUCACAGGUUCUGAUGACAUGCAUGUGAGAGUUUAUAAUUACAACACAUUAGAGAGAGUACAUCAGUUUGAAGCUCAUAGUGACUAUAUUCGAGCCAUAGCAGUCCACCCGACACAGCCUUUCUUCUUAACAAGUAGUGAUGACAUGUUGAUCAAGCUUUGGGAUUGGGAGAAAAAAUGGACAUGUACACAAGUUUUUGAAGGGCAUACACACUAUGUGAUGCAGAUUGUUAUAAACCCAAAAGACAACAACACAUUUGCUAGUGCGUCACUGGACAGAACUGUCAAGGUGUGGCAGCUAGGUUCACCAAAUCCCAAUUUUACACUAGAAGGUCAUGAGAAGGGAGUGAACUGUGUAGAUUAUUACACAGGGGGAGAUAAACCAUACCUAAUUUCUGGUGCCGAUGACAGGCUGGUGAAAAUCUGGGAUUACCAGAACAAAACAUGUGUGCAAACAUUAGAGGGACAUGCACAGAAUAUUUCUGCAGUAGCUUUCCAUCCUGAACUACCUAUCAUACUUACUGGAUCAGAAGAUAGUACAGUACGAAUUUGGCAUGCUAAUACAUACAGGCUUGAGUCAACAUUAAACUAUGGUCUAGAGAGGGUAUGGACAAUAGCUUGUCAGAGGGGCUCUAAUAAUGUGGCACUUGGUUAUGAUGAAGGCAGUAUCAUUAUAAAGCUUGGUCGUGAGGAGCCAGCAAUGUCCAUGGACUCUAGUGGUAAAAUUAUCUGGGCUAAGCAUUCAGAGGUGCAGCAGGCUAACAUUAAGGCCAUGGGUGACCAAGAAAUCAAGGACGGUGAGAGGCUGGCUCUAGCUGUGAAAGACAUGGGAGCAUGUGAAAUAUAUCCACAAAGUAUACAGCAUAAUCCUAAUGGAAGGUUUGUAUGUGUGUGUGGAGAUGGUGAAUAUAUUAUUUACACAGCUAUGGCACUCAGAAACAAGAGCUUUGGCUCUGCACAGGAGUUUGUCUGGAGUAAUGACUCCUCAGUGUACGCCAUCAGGGAGGGGAGCAGUAUGGUGAAAAUCUUCAAAAACUUUAAGGAACAGAAAUCAUUCAAGCCAGACUUUGGCUGUGAAGGUAUAUAUGGUGGGAACAUGCUAGGUGUACGAUCUGUCAGCGGGCUGGCAUUCUACGACUGGGACACCACUGAACUUAUUAGAAGAAUAGAAAUUACACCUAAAAAUGUAUUCUGGAGUGAGAACGGAGAGUUGAUGUGCCUAUCUACAGAAGAUUCUUUUUUUAUCCUCAAAUACAAUCCUGAUGCAGUAGAGAAGGCUACAGAAAAUAAAGAACUUGUUACUGAAGACGGCAUUGAAGAGGCAUUUGAUGUUGUUGGAGAAACAGAAGAGAUAGUAAAGACCGGGACCUGGGUUGGAGAUUGUUUUAUUUAUACAAAUGCUGUCAACAGACUGAAUUACUAUGUUGGUGGUGAAAUUGUUACUAUAGCUCAUUUAGAUAGAGUAAUGUAUAUAUUAGGGUAUAUACCAAAGGAUAACAGACUGUACCUGGGUGAUAAAGAAUUGAAUGUUAUAAGUUUCUCCCUGCUCUUGUCAGUACUAGAGUAUCAGACCGCUGUUAUGAGACAGGAUUUUGAGACCGCUGACAAGGUGUUACCUACAGUCCCGAGAGAACAUAGAACCCGUGUAGCUCAUUUCCUUGAAAAACAGGGAUUUAAAUCGCAAGCUUUAGCAGUAACGUGUGAUCCAGAACACAAGUUUGAACUUUCUGUAAAUUUAGGGGACCUAAAAACAGCCUAUCAGAUUGCUAAGGAACUAGAGGGUGAACAAAAAUGGAAGCAACUGGCAGAACUAGCCAUACAGAAGUGUGAGUUUGGUCUGGCGUUAGAAUGUCUACAUCAGGCGCAGGACUUUGGUGGUCUGUUACUACUGGCGUCGUCUGCUGGUAACGCUGAAAUGCUAGGAAAACUCGGAGAGUCUGCGGAGAAAGGAGGACAGAACAAUGUUGCGUUCCUAUCAUACUUUGUGCUCGGACAAUUAGAGAAGGCUCUGGAUGUACUGGUCAACACUGGAAGAUUACCAGAGGCAUCAUUCUUUGCCAGAACUUACUUACCUAGUCAUGUAUCAAGAAUAGUAAAAUUAUGGAGAGAAUCACUACAUAAUGUAAAAGCUGCUAAUUCAUUAGCCGACCCAGCAGAGUAUGAAAAUCUGUUCCCUGGUUUUGCCGAGACCGUAAAAUGUGAACAAUUCCUUAAACCACAGAGAAUGAGACGGUACCCAGCACGGACUUAUCCUCAAGUACCUGCAAAUUCAGAUCGAGUACCGCUAGAAGAGAUGGCCGCUGCGGAGGAGAAGGGUGCAUUUAGUUACCAACCCCCACGACCUGAAGGGGAUGAUGAUGAAUUCGUUGAAGCCCCACAAUCACAACAAAAAUCUGAGGAUAAAGAUUUAGACUGGGACAGUGACCCUGAAACUGAGACAGCACCAACAGAACCAAAACCUAGUGAACCAGUCAAACCAGAACCUACUGAACAGGAAGAGGUUGUUAAUGAGGCAUCCGAGGAAGGUUGGGGAUCUGACUCGGACAUUGAGGAUUAUGAUGAAACUGAUCCAAAUAUAGAUCAGUCACAUGAUCAGUCAUGUGACAUCACUAGUGUGAACACUGAACAUGUUCCACAUGACAGUACACUGUACACACCUGUGGAGGAGGCUAAAGCAGUAACAGAACCUGAACAGCCUCAGUUAGGAGAGGAUGAGAUGGCCGACCUUGAAAAAGAAUUAGAACUUGACCUGAAAAAUCUCGAUGUUAAUGAUGCAGGGGAAUCAGGGGAGACUAAUCAGGAUAUAGAUUUAGACGAAAAUUUGCUGGAAGAUUGAUCGUGAAAUUGUGAUAGAUUUAUUUAUAACUUAUGUGGAAAGUUUUAAAGUGAAAAAUAAAGAAAACUUGAUUAAAGGAAGACGUGUCAGGAUGAAUUGAGGACUAUCUAGGAUAUUGUAACAGAGGUUGAAAAUAUGAUGAUUCAAUUUAUUUAUUAGGGACAUAAAAAGUUUAUUGGAAUAAUGGUCUCUGGUCAUGAUAUUGAAGAUAUUGUAUAGGUUGGUCUGAAAAUAAUGCAUAUUUUGUAUGGUAUAGGUUAAGUGUUCCAGUCUAUAAGAAGCCGGAAAACAGCCAAAAAUAGUUUCAAAAAAAUGAAAUUUUUUGUAUUAAUUUUGAUGUUUUGUCAAUGGGUAAUAUUAUAAAUAAGAGAAUAAAAGUAAAAAUUAAAUCAGAAAACAAAAGCUCUAAUUUUGGUGUUAUGAAAAUUGUAAGUUGUAAGUACAUGUACUUUUUUUUUGCAAAAAAGAAAAAAUAUAUUUAAUUUGAAAUUUAAUGAUGCAAUAUCCAAAACUUAACUUUAAACCAUAUAAUCAAUGGUAUUAAGAUUUUUAGUUUAAACAAUAUUUUAUUCGUAAACAUUUCAUUUACAUGAUAAUUGACAAAUAAUAAAUUGUACGGAUCAUAUAGAGUAGGAACCUUGAAAAGCUUUUCCAUUAAGGAUUAUCAAGAUUUUUGCCAAGUGUAUGUUUGGUUUUACUAUACAUUGAUUUAUAGGAAAUGCAAUAUUUUUCAUGUAAGAAUCAUACACGUAAAAUAUACAUGCAGAAAAGAUGUGUACUGACCAUCAGGUAUACAGACGGACAUUUGAAUGAUCAGCAAGGGUUUAACCAAUAUAUAUAUAUAUAUAUUUAAUACAACUAAUUUAUGUCAGUGACGUUCCAUGCGGUCUGUCACCAAAACAUGUACAUUGUAAUGUAAUUGUAUAUUAUUGUGAUAUUGAAUGUGACAUUUUCAUAUAUAUUUGUGUCACAUGUCACAUUGUGACAUCUGUAUGAAUGCGGUGCAUAGAAUAUGAGCAUAAAAAAUCUUAUUUAGGUGCUUAAUAAUCAUAGGAACAAUUAUGUAGGAUGUGACAUCAUUGGUGUGACAUGUCAGUGUGUGACAUCCUAGAUAAUGUCACACACAACAUUUUGAUAUGAGUGUGACGUCACAUAUUGUUUGUGACAUUUUUUUGUGUGUGUACAGUACUACAUGUGUAUGCAACAUGUUAAUCACAAGACCAUUUUAGCAUAGCGUGACAUCAUCCAUGUGACAUUGUUUCAAAUGUGACAUCCAAAACUGAUGUGACAUUCGUGGGAUACCAAUUUAUCGUUUAUUUAUGUGUUUUUGUUUUCAUUGUAUAUUAAUUAUUAAAGUGCUUUGAAAUUAUAUGAUACAUUAAAAUUAUAUAUUUCUUUUGUUUUUAAGAGAAUAGGAUGUAAAUAAUUAUAGAAUAACAUAUUUUGUUUUAUAAAGGGAUUCCUAGUAUAUGUACUUUACAUGAAAAAUUUACAAGAUUCAGAUGUAGUUCCUGUACUGAUUUUUGAUAAGAUUAUUUUUCUAAUGAAAGAUUAGAAUAUGCAAAAAACAAUUUUCAAGGAUUGCAGUAAUUUUUUGGUGAAUUCACUAAAUGAGAGAGUAAAGAGUAAAAUUUUUAAUGGUUUACGUUUCAUGGACAAUGCACUGUCUUUUUGUGUAAAUACAUGAUUACAUCAGAGAAAUAUUAAAAUAUGAAUAAAUUAUGAUAAUGUGAAAA